UAUUAUUAUGGUUCCAUUGCCUACUUCCCCAAUUUGUAUCAUCAAAAUGGCAACACCCCAUCUUCGCACUCAAGUCCCACCCAUAGACGACGAUCACAAGACCACCACAUCGCGAUGGCUCGACAACCCGGACCAUGGUCCAUAUCUACUAAAGCUAGCUCGGGACACUAUAAUUUCGGGCGAGAGUCCAACCAAGGCUUUGGACUACGCAUUCCGAGCUGCCAAGUCGUUCGAGAGAUUUCCGAGUCCCGGCGUGGAGCUGCCCAUGAGCUUGCACAUGGUCGCUGCCAUUUACUGCCGGCUCGGGCAGUUCGACCAGGCCAUUCCGGUUCUCGAGCGGUCCAUCGAGGUUGUGGAACGUAGAAACGAACCGGACCAUGCUUUGGCAAAAUAUUCCGGGUACAUGCAGCUUGGGGAUACUUAUUCUAUGUUGGGGCAGUUGGAUCGGUCCAUUUCUUGUUAUGAAGCUGGGUUGAUGAUCCAGACUCAUGCGUUACCUGACUCUGACCCUAAAGUUGCUGAGACUUGCAGGUACUUAGCAGAGGCACACGUACAAGCAAUGCAAUUCGAAGAAGCAAAGAAAUACUGCAAGAAAACAUUAGACAUCCACAAACAACACAGUCCACCAGCAUCCCCACAAGAAGCAACCGACCGCCGUCUAAUGGCUUUAAUUUGUGAAGCAUUAGGCGACUCCGAGUCUGCUUUAGAGCAUCUAGUUCUAGCCAGCAUGGCCAUGAUCGCCCACGGUCACGACGCAGAGGUUGCCGCAAUCGACGUAAGCAUCGGCGACAUCUACACCACACUCUGCCGUUUCGACGAAGCCAUAUUCGCAUACCAAAAAGCCCUCACAAUCUUCAACUCCACAAAAGGAGAUUCCCAUCUCUCCGUCGCCUCGCUCUUCAUCCGUCUCGCCGAGCUCUACAACCGCACCGGCAAGACCCGGGAAGCGAAAUCAUACGCAGACAACGCGUUGAGGAUUUACCUAAAGCCACCAGAAGGGUCGACGGACGAGGAGGUGUCGAGUGGGCUGGUGGAGAUCGCUGCGGUGUACGAAGCGGGGAAUGAGGCGGAGGAGGCAUUCGGGGUACUGCGGAGGGCGGUGAAGGUGGUGGAGAGAGGCGGCGGGGGGCGGGUGGCGGCCGGGAUAGAGGCGCAAAUGGGGGUGAUGUUUUAUGUGAUGGGGAAGUAUGGGGAGGCGAGGAGGGUGUUUGAGAGGGCAAUUGGGAGGGUGCGAGGGGGUAAGAAGGGGGCGUUGUUUGGAGUUGUGUUGAACCAGAUGGGGUUGGCUUGUGUUCAGCUCUAUAAAAUUGAGGAGGCGGUUAGGGUGUUUCAAGAGGCCAGGGUGGUGCUGGUGGAGCACUAUGGUGUGUAUCAUUCUGAUACUCUUGCUGUUUCUAGCAAUCUUGCUGCUGCUUAUGAUGCCAUGGGGAGGGUGGAGGAAGCAAUUGAGAUAUUAGAAGACAUCCUUAAAGUGAGGGAAGAGAUGCUUGGAACUGCAAAUCCAGAGGUAGAUGAGGAAAGAAGAAGGCUUGAGCAACUGUUAAAAGAGGCUGGAAGGGCUCCAAAUAACAAGGCUAAGUCAUUACAGAAUUUGCUUGCCUCCCAAUCCUUGAGGAUGAGCGUAGUUUAGUGAUAAUUGAAUUCUACGCUUUUCAUGAUGCCUUACCCGAGUAUCAUAAAUGG